UUAAAGGACAACACAAAAUACAGGACAACAAAACAAACAAAAUGGAUAUGCGCAGCUGGAAAAAAGUACUGUUGCAAUGGGUCACUGAAUGUGGUUUUAUGGAACGCAAUUAUUUCAAUAUCGAACAAUCCGAUAUUGAUGCAUUCUAUCACAAUUUCAGUUUACAACAUCCAAGGACAGCCAACAAUGACAAAUGUAAAAAGAUCAGUGAUUUUCUAAAAGAAUUCUAUCCCAAAUUUGAAGUCCAUCUUGAUGAUGAAAAUUGUUUAAGUUCAUCGGAUUACAUCUAUUUGUAUUCGUUAUUUUUGCAUUUCUGUUGUGUUAAACAUCCACAGACUGUAUUUCAUGAAAUAUGUCAACGUUUGCCUGAAUUUGCCCAACAAUGUAUUGCAUCGUUUUUUAAGGAGCUGCUUGAAACAGAACCAAUCACAAAGGAAGCAUUACGCCAUGCCAUUGCUGAGGUAGUGACAACACAUGUUUCACCACCACGUCUCAAUGAUUCCAUAUCGAGUAAUCAAUCCGCCCUGAGUAUUUUGGGCGGAAUUGGAGCUGGAGGUGUUGGUGGUGCUGCUAGCAUCAGUAGUAGUAUAACGUCACCUAGUUUUAGUCGUUGUGAUUCACCAUUGAAGACGCCAAAACGCUGCGCCGGACCGCAACGCAUAUCACCAACGACACCUAAAUCAUAUUUGCUCGAAGAGCGACAACGUGAAUUGUAUAAUUUAAGGGCCCAGCUUGAAACGGAACGUUAUGAGAAGGGCCUCUUAGAGGUACAAAUCAAACAAAAUGAGGAUAAAAUCCUUAAAUUAAAUCAAGAUCAUAAAAAAUUACAACAUCAAAUCCAAGAUUUGAAAAAUGACAUUUUAUUAAAAACUAGUGAUGGCACUAAUGCUUCCAAUCGUGAAGGUCAUGUAGAACAGAUCCACAAACGUUUACUCAAGGAAAUGACAUUGAAAGAAAAUGAAAUCAUAAAACUCAAUGAUGUGGUUGGUAAACUGCGCGAGGAAAAAGCCUUAGUUCAGGAAAAACUAAGCUAUGCCCAAAAACAGAUUGCCAUAUGCAUGAAUCGUAUAAAAGAGUUGGAUUAUAAGGUCGACGAAUUGAGUGAUACCAUUGAGAAAAGAGAUGGAACCAUUAAAUAUUUAACCGAUAGUAAACUAGAAUUAGAACAAUACAUUGCUGAAUAUCGUUCGGCAAAUAUGCAUAGCGAUUUGAAUGGUUCUAUGGAAUGUUUUGAUUCUUCAUUUGCUCGCAAUAUUGGCAAUACAAAUGCCUCUAGCAAUGUUAGUAGCCCGGAAAAUCUUGGAGCUUCGGUCAUUGAUAUCCAGCUCAGGGAAAAGGAACAUGAAAAUUCCAAAUUAAAAGAAGAACUGGAAUUGGUUAAGGAUGAGCACAAACGUUUGGCCAAAAGUCUACAAGAUUUGGCCGAAAAGCAGGCUAAAGAAUUUGAUAUUGUCUGGGAACAUCACAGUGAGCUUGCUGAUGAAUCACAACCUGACGUAGAUUCCAUACUAAGUGAUCCUCUUGAACAAUUUAGUUUGUUUACCAGUUGUAUGGAAAAAAUUAGCAGCUUCCAUAAAAUAGAGAAAAAUAAAAUCCAGGAAUUGGAAGAGGAAGGUAAAAAAUUACAAAACGAAAAUGCCGAUUUAACAUUGAAAUUAGAGUCAUUAAACCAAGAGGUUAUGGAAUUAAAAACCAAUGUCACCGAGGUCCAGAAAAACAAUGAACAAUUGUUAAAGGACAAGGAAAUGUUGGUGGACUCGGAACGUAAACAACAAAUGGAAUUGGAACAGUUGAUGACACAAAAACAACAACUCUCCACUGAGUUACAAGAAGUAAUAGCCAGCAAAAAUUUACUUGAUGAAGAUCUAGCGAAAACUAAACAAGAAACCGAAGAUAUGAAAAAGAAAACUGCAGCUAUGCAAGAGGAUUUCAUGAAAAAAUCCCAAGAGUUUGAAUUACAAAUCCAGGAGCUUUUGCAGCAAUUGAAUAAACAAAAUGAAGAAUUGAAAAAUCAGCAAUUAACUGAAACAUCUUUGAAAGUCAAUUACGAACAACUUGUUAUUGAAAAUGAAGAACUUAAAAAUAAAUCACACAAUGCUGAUAAACAUCUCAGCGAAAUGAAACAUGAUUUGGAGGAAAAACAACAAGAAAUAUCAAAAUUGGCUGAGAAAAUUUCUCAAUUCUCAGAGAAAAAUUCCGAAUUGGAAAAGAAAAUCAAUGCUUUGCUGGACGAAUGUGAAAAAGAGAAGCUUGCUUAUAAAUCGGGUCGAGAUGAAAUUAAAUCAUUGGAACAACAAUUGGAGACCUUGCAAAAGGAGAAAGAUAUUGAAAUUUCCAACUUAGAAAAGGAAAUGGAUGUAUUGAAGGAGAGAAAUGCAAAUAUUGAAAAUGAUUUCGAUAAUCUACAAAAGCACCAUGAAGAGAAGUUGCAAUUGUGUCAGGAGGACAAUGAAAAGUUGCAAAACCAAAUUAUUGUCCUUCAACAGGAACGUGAAGAAGAGAAAUCGGUAUUGGAAACUAAACAAAAAGAAGAAUUGCAGAUUCUAGAAGAACAAGUGACGAGCUUGGAAUUGGAAAAACAAGACUUGUUAAACAAAAUUGAAUUGCAGACAAAUGAACAAAUGGACAAUGAAAACAAACACAAACAAGAAAUUCAAACCUUGGAAGAACAAAUUAAAUCGUUGACUUGUGAAAAAGAUAAUUUAGAAAAGAAUAUUAGAGAUAUCUCCGGAAAUUGUAAAGACCAUGAACAUAUUAUUGCCAAACUUAAUGAAGAAAACCAACAAGAAAAGUUAGAGCAAGAUGUUUUGAAAGAAAAACUGAUUGUUUUGGAAACAACUCUUAACGAUAUGCAGAAUAACACCAUCCAGCUUAAAGAACAAAUUGAGAAUCUUAAAGAAGAGAAACUCAAACAACAAUUGGACUUUGAGUCUCUGCAAACCCAACAUCAUGAAGAAGUCAAAACCUUGGGAGAUAAUUUUAAUAAACUACAAAUGGAAAAACAAAAUGAAAUACAGAAUUUAUUGAAGGAAAUUUCUGUGCAAAAAGAAAAGUACGAAACUCUGGAGAAAGAUCAACAACAAGCUGAGGCUAUAAAACUCCAACAACAAGAAAAUCUUAUGAAAAUGGAAACUAAGCUUCAAGAACUACACAGUUCCUUAAAUGAAACUAAAGAUGAAUUGUUGCACUCCCAACAAAACCACAAGGAAAUGGAAAAAUUAACAAAUAUGGAUAAAAAAGAAAAAGACUUCAACCAACAGCUAGAGCAAGCAACGCAGGAAUAUGAAGCCUCUUUGGAACGUAUUCGUCAUGAAUUGACAUUGGAAAAGGAACAUUAUGAAACCAAAGAAAAGGAAUUGUUGAUGGUAAUUGGCCAACACAAUGAUGUGAAAAAACAACUUAUCGAAAAAGAAUCUGAAAUUACCAAACUUAUGGCCACCCUGGAGGCACUCCAAGAACAAAAUCAAAAAUUGAAGUUAUACGAAACGCGAGUUAGUGAAUGUUCCAUGGAAAAUAAUAAGCUGCAAGAAGAAAUUGAUAGCUUUAAACAUGAAGUACAUCAAAAUGCUCUACGCCUGGUGGAAGCCGAUAAAGCACUUAAUGAAUUAUUGGAUUUGACCAAGGAACAUGAAAGCAACAAACAACAGAUUCUCAAACUUCAAAGUGAACUAAAAGAAAAACAAAACACUUUAGAUUCACAACUGGAGGUACAGGAAGAUUUGGAACAACAAGUUAAGCAACAAAGUGAAGCCAUUUCUAAACUGUCGGAGACCUUAAAGAAAAUUGAAAACCUAAAGGAAAACUUGGAUCAACAACUGCAUAAGGAACAAGAAGAAAAAACUCUUUUGUUAGAGUCCUUGGAAAAAUCCACAGACCAAUUGAAAUCUUUGCAGGAGGAACAACAGCAACAAAAAUCUUCAUGGGAAGAAAAAUUCAUAGAUCUCAAACAACAAAUGGAUGAGCUAACAUUGCAAAACACCAAACUGCAAGGUGAUUUGGUGGAGCGUGAUGCUGAGUUACGCAUGAGUUUGGAAGAUCAUGAACAAGAGCGAGAUAGCUUCCAUGAAGAAUUGUCGCAAGUGAAACAAAAACUCCAGCUGGCAAAUGAACAAUUGGAACAAUUUGAUAUGUCGCUAAUGGAAAUACUGGCCAUUAUGGAAAAUAAUUUCAAUUUGAAACGUGAUUUCGAAAUGCAAUCCUCCAUCAAGAAUACAUUUAAUGUUCGUGCUGGCGAUGAUAAGGAACAGAAAAUCAAUCAACUAAGAGGCAAUCUUAAUAUUAUCUUCCACCUGGACCAACAGCAACGUACAGAGCACAAUGAAACCCUCAAUGCUUUGAAAUCAAUUGAAAAAUCCAAUGUUGCUUUGCAAACAACAAUUGCCAAACAUGAAAAGAAUCUACAAGAACUAAGAGAACAAUUGGAAAAUGAAGAACAAAUUGCCGAAAAGAGAAUGUCUCAUGAAGUCAAACGACUUGAAGAGGAUCUUCACAAUUUGGAACAAAUCAAUGAACGUUUGACCAAUGGUAAUUUUGAAUUACAAGAAACCAUUGGCCAACAAGAGAAGGAUUUGGAACAAGCCAAAGCUGCUAUUCAAAAACUCGAACAAGAAAAACAAAACCUUCAAUCGAAUGUUAACGACAAAUCUCAACAAAUUGAAAAAUUGCAACAACAAGAACAGUCACUACAACAACAGCUCAAAGACAAAUCACAGCAAAUCGAAAAGGUUCUGGAAACAUCCAAACUUCUUGAACAACAAAUUGAAGAAAAGUCCCAGAAGCUACAGAGUCUUAACAAAGAAUAUCAAGAUCUGAAGGACACAACACUAAAACAGCAACAACAAUUAAUUGAGGAGCUACAAGAGCAAUUGUCUUCUCUGCAAGCAGAACAAUUGAAACUCAAUGAUAAAGUGAAACAAUUGCACAACACAAACGAUGCCCUAGAGACCGAGGUUUCAAACAAAACUAAAGAACUUCUAACGCUCAAUAACAAAUCCGAUGAACUUUUGCAAUCUCUACAAAAUGUCGAACAACAAUUGCAAUUGACCACCAAAAAACUCGAUGAAACCGAAGCUUUGAAAUUGAACAGUGAAAGUAAUUAUCAACAAAUUCAAUCCGAAGCUCAACAAUUGAAACGAGAUAUGGAUUUCCUUAAGGCUCAACAACAAUCGGCCGUUGAAGAAAAUCAACGUCUCAACAAUGAAAUUGAAAGCCUCAAGCAGGACAAACAACAUUUGCGUGAGGAAAUCCGAGAUACCAAAACAGAUCUUCAGAGAGCCAAUGAUAAUGUUACCCAGCUAAUACAGCAAAUUGCCUCCAUACGCAUGGAAAAGGAGUCUGUUGUGGAAGAAAACACCUUGAUGCGUAAGCAGUUGGAGGAGAGUGGUAAACAUCAUUCAUCUUCUGAAAAUAAACUGAAAUCAAUUAUCGAAAAAUCCCAGGAGUGCGAACGCAAACUGUUGACCACCGAAAAUGAGUUGAAAUCCACCAAGGCCUCUUUGGAGAAAUGUGAAUUGAGCAAUCAAAAACUAAGCACAGAAAAUGCCAAGCUAAAGGAUUCUCAAGAAUCUUCAACAAAGCGCAUUGAAAAAUUGGCCCUCAAACUGGGUGAUUCCCAAGCUAAGAGUACCAAACUUGAAAGAGAUAAUGAAAAGUUGAGUAAAGCCUUGGAAGCUCACAGCACCACUGUUGAAGCUUUGCAGAAGGAAAAGGAUGUCUUGCAAAAUGAAGCUAAGGCCCUCAAAGAACGUCUCUCCAGAGCUGAACGUGCCCAUGAACAAUUGGCUGCCAAGGUACAAAAUCUUGAAUUGCUUAACAGUCAACUGCAAGAAACCAAACAAAAGCUGGAAGCCUCCGAAGUUGAUGGUAAAUCCAAACUCAAUAAAAUGGAUAAAAUGCGUAUCUCAAAUGAAGAAAAAAUACGCAAACUGGCCAACUCCCUCAACAAUGCAGAGAAUACCAAUGUUAAAUUGAAUUUGGAAAUUGGUUCUCUAAAUUCACAAUUGCAAAAGCUAAAGGCCCUUAACAACCAGGAACAGGUGCAAGAUCUAACACACAAAUUGGAACUGGCUCAACAUCAAUGCCAGCAGCUGGAAGACUUAAAUGAGAAACUGCAGCAAGAAGUUGAUCAUCUGAAAGAGGAUAAAACCAAUCUCACCGAUCAGCUAUCCAAACUCACCCUGACUCUACAAAUUACACGUAACGAAUUAGAAGAAAUUCGUUCCGAGCUGUUAGUUAUACGUGAUGAAAAAUCUCGUGUUAUCGUUGAACAUGAAACAUCCACUUUAAAACUAAGAGAUUUGGAAACGCAAAAUGAUAAUCUCCUGCAUGAACGUAAAAAUCUUGUGACCACAUUGGAAUCACGUAUUGCCUCGCUGGAAGAACAAUUAUCGACAAAAUGUAAAGAAGUAGAUAAUUUGCAACAUGAAAUACAAACAUUACGUGAAAGUUCGGAAACCAAUUCAUCGUUGUUGUUACAACAACACAGCGCUGUCAAUCAUUCGGAAUUGGAACAAUUGCGUGAAAGAUUGUCCACAGCCGAUGAUGCGCUGCAAAAGGAACAACAAAUUGUUGCCCAAUUACGUUUGGAUAAUCAAAUUUUACAUACGAAAUAUCAAGAAUCGAAGCAGCGUGUCUUGGAUGCUACAAAGAAUAGUGAGGAACGCAUUAAGGAAAAUCGUUUAGAAUUGGAAGGCAAAUUAGAGAAAAUGAAAAAUAAAAUGAAAACUCUAUAUACGGAAGAAAUAACGAAAAUGAAAACGAAACAGGAACGUGAAGUGGCCAAUAUUAAAUCGGAAAUGGAGGUUUUGAAAGCCCAGAACUCCAAAUACGAAGAACACACCCGCAAACUUUCCAAUCAAAUUGUUCGUUUAAAUGACAAUAUUCUCGAGUAUCAAAAAGAAAAUACCAUUUUAUCGACGAAAUUAAAACAUCUUUUGGAACAUCAUGAAAGUGAAAAAUUCAAACGUCCCAAUUCUAUUCAUGUCUCAACAAUAUCUUCAUCCACGGGUUCAACGGGUGCCUCGAAUACCGGCACCAAUUUGGCCAUGGAAGAUGAAGAAGGUGAAGUUUUUAAUAAUACCUAUUUGACAGAUUUGAAGACAGGUCGCAUGUCGGAGUUUAUGAGCAGAGAAGUUUGCACCGAAGAACUUAAAUAUCGCAAUUCACUGUUACCACCGCAUCUAAGAAGUUCGUAUGCCGCCCAAUAUGAUAGUGAAAUUGCCGAAGAUGAAUUAAAAGAUGGCCCCCAUAGCUUUGAUGAUAGCAUGAGCGCCUUGUUAAGCACCACUAAUGGUGGUAAUCGCAAAAAAUGCACCGGUGUCACCCACUAUAAACGUCCCGGUCCACCCACACCCAGUAAAAAUGGCCGCCUCUCAUUUGGUGGCUGCGGCAGUUCAGAACCUAUGCGUGAAAUCCUAAAGGAAUCAUUUGAUAGUGCCAAUUCUGGUGCUACUGGUACGGUAUCAUCGUCAUCUGCCAAAACUCCAGCCCGUUUCAAUUUCUUUGCAUCACGUUUCAGCAUGGGCAAUGGAAAAGAUGAGGUAAGUUUCAAACAUCCCGUCCCGCCUAAAAAAGAAAUUGUUAUUAAGCAAACGAAACCAAUCGCUGCCAAACCUCUUGCUACGGCAAUACCGAAAAAACCUCCUCUCCAAACUACCGCCAAAGCGGCCAUACCCAGACAUUUAUUGGGUGGUGUUGUAUGUACAUCAACACCGCGUAAGAGUAAAGUACAUUAUGAUCAAAGACGUUUAUUGGAUCAGCUGUUGACAUCCUCGCCAUCACCCUCACCUUUGGCCGCCGCAAUGGAUAAUAAACAUUUGAAAUUGAAGAAAAAACCGAUAACACCUCCUGAUGUUAGUUUUAUAGAGACCCCCUUGAGUUCGUUAAUGAAACCCAAUGGAGGGGAGCCACCUAAGGCACCGACCCGGAAGCAAACAGCAGCUAAGCGCAUUGAAGCUAUUGCUGCAGGAUUGAAAAAUAAACGACGUAAUUCGUCAAUUUAUGGCCGGCGUUUAUCGAGACGUCUGCAGGAGAUAUGUACACCCACCAGCGGUGAGACAACUUCAUCGGCUUUUUCGAAUACACCCCAGGAUUUAAAGAAACGCCGACAGACAAUAAGUUCGGCUACAACCACCACAUCGGGUGGUGUAUCAAAUGUCACAGUGGUUUUGCAAAAACGUUGCCUUAAGAAGAAACCACAAAAAGAGCGAAACGGAAGACCUUCCCUAUGUCUCAAGAGCAAUAUAUUUGCCAAGCAACAUCGUACACCAAAUAAGGGUGUGUUACACGAUUUGAAUAGAUACAAGUCUCGUAGACAAAGAUUUGAUCGGUUCAAUAGGGGCAGGGAUGUAACACAACAUGAUUCAAGUGAUGAGGAGGAGGAGGAGGACGUGAGGGAAGAAGAGGUGGAAAUGAAAUUUGUGCCCAAAAAUAUCACCUAUGAAAUAAAACCUUUUGGGAGCCUAUAUAAACCCCCAAAGUUGGGAGAAACUGUGGUCAUUACAAAAUUAGAAAAGGAGGACGAUUUGGUGGGAGAACAGUUUGAAAAUACCGCUGAAGAUGAAGAAUCAUUUUUGUGUGCCUCCGAGGUAUUUGAUACCCAAGAUGCUGUGGAUUGGCAAGCAACAAAUGACAGUGAUCGUAUUUGUCAAUACAAUAGCAGCAGUGAUGAACCAGAGGAGGAGGAAGAAAAUGAACAUAAAUUCCUAACAAAUAAUAUCAAAUGUGAAAGAAGAAGCAUUGCAAUGCAAAAGGAGUGUAAAAAGGAAUUGGUUACUUCCCUGGAUUUAGAAGAAUUUGAUCGUUAUGUCAGCGAUUUGGCUAAGGUUAAAAAAGAACCUGAAUCCUAUUCAUCGGCCGGAAGUUCUCAACAAUUUGAAAAGCUAGUUUUGGAAACCCAAUCGAAUGCACCCUUUGAAGUGAAACAUAUUAAAUUUAAUAUCAGUGGUAAUUCAACUACUCAUCAUCAUGGUGGCAAGCACCAGCAGCAGUAUACGUUUGCCAGUAAUUCCACACAACACAGCAGCAACAUUAGCAGUCCUCAGCAUGAUGAUGAUUUUAUGUUACCCGAACAUUGUGAGCUAAUGGCCACAAAGGCAUCACCCCAUUAUUCACCCACAAAUCAACAGAAUAAUCCAGCAAAUCUAUCGCGUAUUAUUUAUGGUGGUACGGUGAUCUAUAAUCGCCGUUUGCCGAAUAUUAACACAACCUAUGUACGAAAAUCUUCCAUUUAUGUUAAGAACAAGAAAAGUAAUGCCACCACCACCACCAUGUCCGAUUCAAAUGCCGAUGUCAUUCUAAUAACCAAUCAAACAAUAACGGCUGCAGAUUUGGCACGCAUGUGGAAGCAAAUGGAUAGUUCAGCCCGUUUGAUAGUUAGUUUUGCCGCUUUGGCAUCAUUUACAACCGUUUUGGGUUUAUUUUUGUCAUUCUAUUCGACAAAGCAUUAA